AUGAAAUUUAAAAAAGAUUAUGUAGGGUACAAGUUUAUGAUCCCUAAGGAUAAAUUAUCGAUGUUUAUGGACGAGAACUUAUGGCCUUAUUUAUUUAUUUAUUUAAUUAUAAGUAAUCUUACAGCUAACAUACAUAAUAUUACAAAACAAACACUUAUACAGUACAAAAAGCCAAAACAAGCCUUGUGGGGUAAGCAGGUAGAUAUAAUAGCACUCCAAGAAACAUGGCUAUUACCAACUGAAGUACCGGAUUUGGGGUUGGUAAACAAGGACUUUUCGUAUUUUGGUAAAUCGGCGAUGGACAUUAGCAGUGGGUUAUUGGGUGGCCGUCCUUACGGUGGUGUAGCCCUGUUAUGGAGAAAUGAUUCAUUUCAAUCGGUGUCUGUGAUCCCCUGUGUGAGUGAGCGUAUUGUUGCGAUCAAAGUGUGUGUCGCGGACCGGUCUAUGUUAUUUUUUAGUGUGUAUAUGCCUACAAACGAGCUUGAUAAUUUAUGUGAAUUUGUUGAAUGUCUUAGCGAAAUUUCUGCUAUAGUUGAGAAUGAAAAUAUUGAAUCUAUAUAUGUGUUAGGAGAUUUUAAUGCUCAUCCCGGCAAAUUAUUUGGAAAUGAAAUGUUAAGCUUUUGCGCAGAGCAGAAUUGGCUAUGUGCGGACAUUGAGAGACUAGGUAUUGACUAUCAAUCAUAUACUUACACUAGCGAUGUGCAUGGUACCUGUUCGUGGCUUGACCAUUGUUUAACUACUAUGGCCGCAUGGCGAACAGUAGUAAAUGUAAAAAUACAUUAUGAUGUCUUCUGGUCAGAUCACUUUCCAUUGGAGGUCGAAUGUAAUCUUGAAUGGGUUAGACCCAUGACUAUUCCGCCUAAUAUUGGUAAUGUAAAUAAAAUUAUAUAG